AUGGAGAGAGAUCCAGAAUCGGAAUUGUUGGCUGAGGACAGUGGCCCCGAAGACGUGCUCAACUUGUUCGGAAGCGAACUCGUCAUCGACACCCAGGGUUUCGCUAUUUGCUUCGUGUUUGCCAGAGGCAAAGCUGCCGGAGGCAGCAUUGACGAAAAUGACACAGUUGCCGCGCCGUUUGAGAAAGCCAAAGAGAUCUUUGUCCGGAAGAUGAACGCGGACAGCUGGCAUACACUGGAAGAUGGCUUUGAUGUCUUGCAGAGUGGUGAAAGUGUCACACAGCUGGUCUACCAGGACCUCAUCAGGAGCAAGUUCGUGGAGCUUUGUCAGAGGACCUCCUUCAAGGUCGACACAUUCGAGAGCAUUGAUGGCGAUGAGGUGUUCAUGCGUGUUGGGCUGGACCGUGGUGGCGUGAUGAUCCAGGAGCUUGCAGAGCGGUACCGCUACCGCAUGCCCUUCACUGAGGAGUCCUACGAAGACAUGGACGCCUGGGGCAACUGGCCUGGAAAGGAACCAAUGCAGAACAAGUAUGGUCAGACAGUUUGCGGCUUUGCCUCGUACAAGGUGGAGAUGGCACGCUUCUUCCAGCCAUUUCGACAGGUGGAUGAAAUACGUCUCAUCUUGCUUCGUCUUGACCGGUGGAUCGAUCUGGCAGCAAUGCUAGAGCAGAAGGUCAUGAUCAAGUACUUCCCUUGUUCUGAAGCCCUGCUUCUGUCACACUUGAUGUCACGAUGGGCACGCACCUCGCGAAUGCUUUGCCCGCCAACUUUGUCUGGAAGCCAGCAAGUUCGGGAUUACUUUGGUGAGGAGGUUGCUUUCUUCUUCCUGUUCUUCAGCCACUACAUCAGAUCCGUGAUGGUUUUGGCAUUGGUUGGCAUUGCUGUGCCACUCUCUGCUGCCAUCCUCGAAGAUACCAGGAACCUCCGCUGGGUUCAAAAGGUGUUUUCUUUGACGGUCCUGUUCUGGACCGUCUUGUUUGGCCGUACAUGGGAGAACAUCAGCGAACGCUACAAGCAAUUAUGGGGAAUGAAGGACUAUGAGGAGCAUGACAUAGAGCUUUCAUCGUAUCGCCCGGAAUUGGAGGGAACGAAGGAGCUGAGUUUCCGUUACAUGUGGGGCAACAUGAUCGUCAUUGCCUAUCUGCUGUUCUACAUUGGCCUCGUGUUCACCCUCGAAUGGGGCAUGAAAAGUGACGAUUCUACCUCUUCUUCGUCCUGGCAAGCGCUGGCCCUGACAAUCCUGAUCCGAGGGCUGUCUUUCGGAUGGGCAAAAAUAGUCCCGCUGAUAGCAAGGCUACAAAACCACAGGACGCGGGCGGCUCGCAACUCCUCUUUGGCUUUCAGUCUGUGCACGGUGAAGGUGUUCAUUGCUGUGCAUUUCUGCUGCAACCAGCAGCAGUCAUACGUCCUGUGA